AUGGCGAGGUCCGCCCCAUCAACGCCCGCCAAGAAGGCGGCACAGGUGGCUUCCGCAUCUGCAACGCCAGCAGCAGCCCCUUCGCCUGCAACCGCGCCAGCCCAGCCCGAUCCUCGUCGAUCCAAAUCCGACAUCGCAGAAACAUCCACGGCGUCACAAAGCAACGAUGCUACCUCAGCCCCCAACAAGAGCCGUCACCGCAGGAACAAGAAGAGCAUCGCCGGUAUCAAGGAACGCUCUUCCGAGUUCUCGCCUUUCCAAACCCUCAGCGAAGGCCGUGUAUCGAGACUACCCGUCGUCUUCACACGCGAUGCCGACUACUUCUUUGCCGUCUCCAAGACUUCGGUCCGCAUCUACUCGCGUACCACUGGCCAGGUCGUCUCAACUCUCUCAAGCGGUCCAGGUUCGCACUUUGCCGCCAUCACAGCCAUCAUGAUCAAUCCGGCCAAUCCGCUGCAGCUUCUCACGGCGUCACUCGAUGGAAGGGUCAAAGUAUGGGACUUUCUCGAUGGCGUGCUGCUCUCUUCCUUCGACCUCCAGCUGCCCAUCUCCGGCAUGACCGCUCAUGCUUCCAGUCCGAACACGGUCUACGUGCUUCUGAAAAAGUACCGUCACCGUGAUGCCGAGACGGCUCCCAAAAGCAUGUCCGAGAUCUUGACGGCUCUCGACAACGGCGCGCCCUUCAACAGCAUCAUAGGCCAUUUCAGCAUCGACCUUUCGACCCAUGCCCAAACGCAAUCCAACAUGCCCAGAUUCUCGCGCGGUGCCUCACUGCGACCCGAGCUGGCGCGAAUCGGAAAGACGCGAGAAGCGGUCGCCAUCGGCGUUUCCCCCAACGGCGAGUGGCUCGUUGUGGUCGGCAAUGACAAGGUGCAGGUGGCGAGGACAAACGACCUAGCUUCAGGCUUCACCAGAUUUAUCUCAUCGCAUCCUGGCGUGCAGCAUACACAAAAGGAGUCCAUGACUUGCAUGGCCUUCCACCCCACCGACUCGACCAGACUCGUCACUGGAGACUCGACCGGCCGCAUCCGUGUUUGGUACUGUCUUCAGAAGAAGUUCAUGGCUCCUUCCAAGGGCGAGGCGGACGACGGCAUGGAAAGGCAUGCUCCUUCCGCGGUGCUUCACUGGCACGCUCACGCAGUCUCUUCGCUCUGUUUCUCUCCCAACGGUGGACACCUGCUGUCGGGAGGCGAGGAGGGCGUUCUGGUCGUCUGGCAUCUGGGCGCGUCUGGCAACGCAUCUUCCAAGGAGUUUGUGCCGCGUCUCGGGGCGCCUCUCUCUGCCAUUGCUGUAGCCAACGGUCUCGACGGCAGAGAGCAAGAGUAUGCCGUCUCGCUCGCCGACGGAAGCAUCACAUUCGUCUCUUCCAUGACACUCAAGCCCACAAGAACCUUCACCCGCAUCAAGAUCGAUGCAUCCCGUCACCUUCCCGGAAACUCGGUUCCCGUCGACACGCCUGCACCGCUCGCCGUCCACCCCGCCAGCCGCAACAUCGUUCUCCUCGCCGGUCAUCCCUCCUCGCUGCAGUUCUACGAUCCCAUCAAGGACGCCAACACGAUGGAGCUCGAGGUGGCUCCUUCCAACCGUGUUUCGCGCGUUGAAGACGAACAGAUCGAGCCGACACGUGUCGAGCGCGUCGUCUUUUCGCCUUUCGUCUCGUCCAAGACCGCUGAGCAAGGUGAAUGGAUGGUGACCUUCGACAGUCGCAAUCUGUCCGACUUUCGAGGCGACGUCGAGGUCGUCUCCGAGUCAAGUCUCAAGUUCUGGCGCUGGAAUCCGAUCAACCGUCGCUACACGCUCAACACGCGCAUCGACCGCCCUCACGACGGCAAGCGUCUGACGUCGAUGACCUUCUCACCAAGCUCGGCACUGCUCGUCACCACAGCCGCCGACGGCAAGGUGCGCAGCUGGUACAUGACCUCGCGCAAGCUCAAGUCGGGCAAGGUCGAGAGCUACUGGGCUUGCCGCUCCGUGUUUGGCUACCGCGAACAGACUCCCACGGCGAGCGCAUUCUCGGCGGAUGGUUCGAUCCUUGCUGUCGGCCAAGCUGGCUCCGUGACGCUUUGGAGCCCCGAGAGCAACCUCAUGUCGAUGGUCAUCUCCGCCCCCGAGCUGGCUGAGGGGGUGCGAAGCCUCGCCUUUUCGGGACGAUACCUCGGCUUGGCCACUUCUACCACGGUGCUGAUCUGGGAUCUGAUCCUGUCGCGACAGGUGUCUCGCAAGGCGAUCGAUGCCAGUCUCACGCCCAGACUGCUGUUGGCCUGCCCCAGCUGGGACCGCUCGGUCGACGCGGAAGAGCGAGUUUUCUUUUCGCUGGUCUCUUCCAGCGACGCUCAGGACGGAGAGCUCGAAGCCUCGGAUGCCCAGCAGAUCAGAACGGUGGUGGAGCCCAUCUCGCUGGUCUCGGAUCGAGAGGAGGCCUCUUCCUCCGCUCUGGGAUCUACUGCCAACGUCGGCAAGGCAGGAUUGACGACCGGAAAGGCAGUGUUCCGCACCGCUGUUUCCUCUGUCGCGCCCAUCCCGCUACGCACAGGCUCGCACGAACAAGUACAGGAAUUUGUCGCCAUCAGCAGAGACAUGGACUUGGUCUCGUUUUCUUCGUCGCCUUCGGCAUCUGGCGGUGCCGCUGCCGGGGCCGCGGCUGAGAGCAUCCGCGGCAUCUCGACCGUCAAGAAGACGCUCUUUGACGAUCUGUUCGGGCCUUCAGCGUUCUCUAACGCGCGUGCAGAUGAUCAGGACGAUGACGACGAGCUUCUGGCUGUGUCGGCUGACACUGCUGGCGGCGUUGGCUCCGGCGUCGCGUCCCUGUUCUCGACCGCUCCGCACUUGCUGCCCCCUGCUACGCUGCUUUUCGACGCGUUCCUGUCCAAGAUCCUUCCGGCUGCUCAAACCACGUCCGCCGUUGCGAUCGAGUCGGCUCGACCACCACUCGUUGCUGACAACGAAAAGACAGCUGCGGUCACGAGCGAAAAGCAGCCAUCUGGAGCGGUGCAAGAGCGAGGCAUCUCGGACAUCCUUUUGACGGACACAGAUGAUCUCGUGGAGCUGUUCAAGAGUCAGAUCUUGAUCGAGGGAGGCGGUGAGGACUCGUUGAGGAAAGGGAACGGAAACGCCACGGCAACGUCGACGUCGACGCCGGCCAAGAAGGCGCAGGUCAACGGCGCCACACCAGCAACGAAAGCGACGCCGGUUUCCAGCAGCAAAGGCGGCCCUCAGACACCCGCUGGCCAGAAGGCAGAUGCAAGCGCUAUGUCCACACCGUGCAAGUCUUCUCGAAAGCGCAAGAUGUAG